AUGUUUAGAUCAAAAAUCGCGACUCAACCUCAAAAUAUCGCAGAGCGGAACCUUGAGGACUCUGAAGAUACAAGCUUUUUGCCCGUUGUUCGGGCAUAUAAUGGCGCUAAAACCUCUAUUUACUGCAAGUAUUUCCCCUCGCCAUGGUAUUCAAGGACAUUGGGCAAAGCCUCCAAUUAUUCUGCUCUUGAAUUCAGAGAUAAAAGUUCAAGAUCCAUUGCAUGGAGUGAAAUGAUCACAGAGAGCGAUUUCCCGUCGAAUCAUCCUCAGACAACGUCCUAUCAAUCGAUUCUUAACAUUCGGAGCCGUCCUCCAGCCGACUUCAGUAUCACAGCAUUCGCAAAUGUGACUGAGGUCAUUAUGAAAAUGUUGCUUCAUGAAAGGUCAAGUACCCAGGGAUAUUUGGCAGAACGCCAUUGGAAAGACAAAGUCAGCGUGAAAGGCUGGAAAGAAGAAGUCAGCAUCAAUUUAUAA